UGGAGCCAUCGAUCGUGUCAUCCGGUGGUGCAGCCUCAGCCUGGGCGCUGUGCGCUGUGUCGUCUGCAACUGCAAUCGUGCGGGCGUACGAAAAGUUACGUCCAACCACCGAGCAAGAUCCGCUCUAUAAGACGUCGCAUCCUUCCCACCUACAGCGCAAGUACACUACCGGAACACACGAGCGAGUGCUUGCUGUGCUGACAUCAGUUGGAGAGAGCGAUCGGUCGAGAUGCCUCCCGGUCCCGGCGUCGCAGACCAGGCGCCGCCGCCGCGGAGCCCUCUCCGGGGCAACGGCGCCAUGCCGCCGCAGAGCCCGCUCCGCAUCAAGCAGGACGGCAAGUUCUACGAGCGGCUCCUCACCAGGGAGAGCUCCGCGGCCAACCUGUCGUUCCGGUACUACUGGGCGGAGCCGGGCGCGGUGCCGUUCGUCUGGGAGUCGCAGCCGGGCACGCCCAAGGACGUCGCACGGACGGCCGCCGGCGCGCUCCCAGCCAUCACGCCGCCGCCGUCGUACCUUCUCCGGCACGGCAACGUCGCGGUCGGUAGGCAGGUGGCGGCCGCCUCGGUGGCACGCCGUGACCAGAAGAGCGGCGGCAGGGCGGCGGCGAGGAGCGGCAAGAAGCGGCGCUGCAGGCUCAAGAGGAUCAGGAUCGGCUUCGUCGCCGGCAUCUUCCGGCGGCUCAGCCUCGGGAAGAGGUGGCGGCAGCGCCCGGCGCCGCCGGCCAAGGUGUGGUCGUCAUCGUCCUCCAGUCGGUGGCUCUUCUCCUCGGUGGCCACGGAGACGGGCGAGCACAGCCUCCACCAGGUCCAGGAUGAGAUCGCCGUUCCCGCGCACCCGAAACAGCACAGGACCGUGCCGGUGCCGUGCAGGUGCAGCUUUCCCGCCAUGUGGCUGCUGCGCUUCCGCAACAGCUUCGGCCACGGCUGGGCGUAGAAGAUCUCGAUCGCUCUCAGCGUGGGUGGCGACAAGGAAUCGCAAGUCAGAAAGUGGUUUAUGUUAUGGUUACGAAAUAGGUUAACGAUUUCUAUCGCUGCCAGUACGUGAGGCCAAGUAAUUAAGGGGGUGUUUGGUUCUGUGGACUAAAGUUUAGCCCGGGUCACAUCAAGUGUUUGACUUUCAAGUAGGAGUAUGAAAUAUAGACCCAACCAACUGUACUAGAUUCAUCUCACUUUUUAAUCUUCGGCUGAGAAAUUAGUUUUAUAAUCCGACUACAUUUAAUACCCCGAACGGAAGUUCAAACAUUCGAUGUGAUAGGGGCUAAAUUUUAGCAGGGGCAAACCAAACACCCCUUAAGUGUGUUUGUUGUAUAUUGCCCAGCGCUAGCUAGCUGCCUAGCUGUGUAUAAAACUUUAUUCUUGUGUUCAUCGU